GAACAUUUUUUCACUUGUUAUUUACAGUAAGAUAAAUACAUUCACCAACUUUUAUUAAAAUAAAACCAUUUAAACUGGGUGUUCGGAUUUAUAUGUCACUUAGUAUACUUUCCAAAAAUUUCUGGAGCAUAACAAGUAUCUUCAAAAUUUGAGGAAAAACACCUUAGUUUGGCAACCUUGUAUAGAUGUCUCUAAUGUAGUGAUGGUCUUUUAAAUUCGAUAUCGAAUCUUUUUGGUCGCACCGUUGUCUUGAAGGACCGAAAACGUAUGUUUUGAUUAUUUAAUCCAAAUGACGCAACUUGGUGUAAUCAGGGCCACCAACAUAGACCUUAUAAAUUCCCUAGAGGUUACGUGCAAAGUUUAAAACGACCAGGCACAAGGCAGGUUUUUGUAAAUGUAAGUGGAUUUUCACAGGUGUUACAAGUAUUUCAUUUUUGCAAAACAUAACAAAGCUUGUAACUUCGUAUCCUUGAUGCUAUGAAAAAUAAUGCUGAUAACCUUCACGAGACUAGACUAGUUAAAUUUAUCCUAAGAUAAACAUUCUCUGGAAGAUGCCUUCAGGAUUUGUAUAUUCCUUAAUUUUAAUAGUGGUUUUGAUUGUUGCAGACAUAUUUUGUGUAAACAUCAGAGGUCAAAAUCAAAACAAUGCUUGGAGUACCCCAAACAGCACUCAAUAUACGUCGAACGGUCCUCAAUUUAAUCAAAAAUCAACUACCCCUUGGCCUGCAUUGGGACAAAGACCUCAACAACGCAAUGCUGCAUUAUCUAAUACCAAAAGAGAGCCUACAUGGGUAAGGCCUAAUAAUGGGACAAUAUGGGUACGGAAUAAUCCGUCUGGUCAGAAUCAAAAUAAUAACCAAGCACAAAACGGCCAGAGAAUACAAGCAAAUCUUGAUAGAGGCUUGACUAGUAACUACAAUGUGCAGUUUAUAAAUAAUGAAAAGAAUACUGGUUUAAAUUUACAUAGUGAUAAAAAUUCUGCCCAAAAUGCUCUUCUUGAUGCUCUUAAUGUUGGUAACAGGGGUUUACAACCUGGUCAAUCUAGAGCAACUGAUGUGGGUCAAGGCACAACACAAAUUGCUGGCACUGAUUCAAACAAAAAAAACAUACUGACUGAACCAUCCACAGGGUUUAGAGGACAAGAUAAUCAUGGGGAUGAUAACGUUGAUGCAAAGCAAGCAGAUUCUGGUGUUGAAGACUAUGAGCUAAGAGAGUUUUCCGAGGAACUCUUGGGCAAAGAUGUUAACAAUCCAAAUAGACAUGUUAUGAUUAAUUUGCAAGGAAAAACUACAUCUAGAUCUUCCAAAGAUGAAGCACCAUUACCGCUUCUGAAUAUCAGCCAGGCUGUUUAUGACAUGCCUUCAGUUUCCAAACUGGUGACUUUAUUUAACAACUACAUCUUGGAGACUAACCAGAAUGAAGUAUCUACGCCACAAGAGAAAAUAGAAGAAAACGAUCUGCUGGAUACAAUUUUACCAACACCUGUAAUGCAACAUACAAGGAAUUUCCUCAUUAAAAAAGGAAAGCUUGGAAAGGACCCUAAAGAAUUCAAAGAUUUGAUGAGACUGAUAUGGUUCAAUAUGUACUCUAGACAGAACGGAAGAAUAGGUUCUAGCGGCUUUGAACACAUUUUCUUAGCUGAGCUAAAGAAUAAUCAGGUAUCAGGGCUGCACAAUUGGUUGUAUUUCCACGAGGAGGAAAAGAAGAAUAAUGCCAAUUAUCUGGGUUAUAUGAAAAAGAUUGAUCUAGGCAAUAAGGGUUCCGUGUUGAAGUGCCACUUCGUCUUCCACAACGUCGACAAACCUGUAGGAUCGAUGUUCAUCGGAACUAGCCCGGAGUUAGAAAUGGCACUGUACACUACAUGUUUUGUUCUGCGCGCUGACAAAAUUUGUCCUCUAAAAAUGAACGGAAACCGUUUCGUAAUUAGAACGUACACUUACAGGUACAGAGGAAAAAAUAUGAUUGGCAGCGCUUUCCCUGACAUCUGAAUACGAAUUUUCCUCAGCGUGUCUACCAGCGGAUUAUUUGAUAUGUUACGUAAAUUAAAUUGCUGAGACAAAGACUGAACCUCCUGAAUGUGUCAACGAUAAAUAAAAUACUCUGAAUAUCUAAGGUCUCAAAUUAUAGAAAAAGUUAAAACAUCUAUAAAAUGGUGGCGCUUUCUGUUAUACUGGUGCUUAUUUUGAAUGAACACCGUCUGUAUUUUUCAAUUUUUGAAAUCUUUGCAUACUUCUAAAUACAUUCCAUGUAUUCCAUCCGAUACGUAACUCGAACCGUUUUUGAGAAAUAUCGAAUUUUAUGUAAAAAAUGACAAAGGAAGGUCCAUAAACGCCUAUCACUUUUACGCAUGUUUAUUUCUUUUUUUCAAAACUGAAUAAAACCCAUUGCAUGACUCAGAGCAUUUUUAUUUGUUUUUUAUAAUGUAGGCACAUGCCUAAAGUUUUGUUUUACAUAGU